AUGCAGACGCCGGGGCCGGCGAUGAGGAUGGAGGCUGGGGAGGCAGAGCCGCCGUCCGGGGCGGGCGGCCGCGCCGGGGGCGGCUGGGGCAAGUGGGUGCGGCUUAAUGUGGGGGGCACGGUGUUCCUGACCACCCGACAGACGCUGUGCCGGGAGCAGAAGUCCUUCCUCAGCCGCCUGUGCCAGGGAGAAGAGCUGCAGUCGGACCGGGAUGAAACUGGGGCCUACCUCAUUGACCGUGAUCCCACCUACUUUGGACCCAUCCUGAACUUCUUGCGACAUGGCAAGCUGGUGCUGGACAAAGACAUGGCUGAGGAGGGGGUCCUGGAGGAAGCCGAGUUCUACAACAUCGGCCCGCUGAUCCGUAUCAUCAAAGACCGGAUGGAGGAGAAGGACUACACGGUGACCCAGGUGCCACCCAAGCAUGUGUACCGCGUGCUGCAGUGCCAGGAGGAGGAGCUCACGCAGAUGGUCUCCACCAUGUCUGACGGCUGGCGCUUCGAGCAGCUGGUGAACAUUGGCUCCUCCUAUAACUACGGCAGCGAGGACCAGGCGGAGUUCCUGUGCGUGGUGUCCAAGGAGCUGCACAGCUCCCCGCAUGGCCUGAGCUCCGAGUCCAGCCGCAAAACCAAGAGUGCGGAGGAGCAGCUGGAGGAGCAGCGGCAGCAGGAGGUGGAGGAGGUGGAGGUGGCCCAGGUGCAGGUGGAGGCGGAUGCCCAGGAGAAAGCCCUGUCAUCUCAGGAUCCCGCUAACCUUUUCUCCCUCCCACCACCGCCUCCUCCUCCGCUUCCCGCUGGAGGUCCUGCCUCAUCUUCAUCCACCUCCUCUUCCUCCUGGAUUUCAUCUGCACCCUGCCUCUUCCCUCUGUGCCCCUGUCCAGGUCCCUGUCUGCACCCUCCCAGACCCGAGCCCGAGCUUGCUGUGACAGCUCCUCGGCCCCGAGCCCGCCCCCAGAGCUGCCGUCCCCGGUUUGUAGCCUGGCAGAGCCGGAGGGAGGGGCAGAAGCAAGGAGGGCGCGCAACCGGUUGUCCUCGGGCUUGUGCCCAGGGAGCUUCCUCCGCCGCUCUUUCUCCCUCUGCCAAACCUACCUGAGCCUUGGGGCAAGGCCCUGAGAGCAGAAAGAGCGCAGAAGUGGGGUGUCUCCUGCUGGUCUGCCUGUGGGCACCGGAGCCAGGCUGGGGAGGACAGGACUGUGGAAGCCACAUACCUCUGCCUCACCCCUGGGUGUCUGGGGACUCAUAAGCCCCUGCAGAGGACUCAGGUGGAGCCCCGUGGCUAAGGGGUCCACUACAGUUUGCUAAGGAGUGUGGCAGAAAAGCCCUGGCCCCCUCUCCCUCAGCCUUACCUGCCUGCCUGUGACCUUGGGCAAGUUCCUGUCCCUCUCUGAGCCAUAGUUUGAUUCUAAAUGGGGACAGAAGCCACUCCAUGUCAAUCCAUUUGACUGGGACAAUAGCCAUCUGCCUCUCCUGGCCUGCUCCACCCUGGUUGGGAUCUUGGGGAUCUUAAAGGCACCAGGCUUCCCUCCUGGGUUCUGACUCCACCUCCUCUGGGCCCCAGCCCCACCCCCUCCUCCAGAGCUAGCCUGUGACUCACUUGCCUUUCUCUCUCCCUCUCUCCCCGCCCCCCCUCCCGCUCUCCUGGAUCCCCUCCUGCCCUUGCAUCACCCCUCCUCACCGGCCCCUCUUUUCUCACCCCUUCCUUCUGUCCCUUUC